AUGAUGGCGCUGGAGCAGCAGCAUGGAUACGGAUCCGACUCGGGCCUCCCCUUUCCUGACUCCACGCCCCGCACCCGGCUUGGGUCCGCGGGCGGCGGCGCCCGCAUGUCGGGGGCGGCGGCGGCGGCGCUGGCGUUGUCGCCGCGAAGCUCUGCCGGCUCCCGCCCCAUGUCCGCGCUGCGGGACCUGCGGGGCUCGCGGCCCAACUCCGCCGCCGUCGCGGCGCAGAUCGAGGGGUUUGACGUCGACUUUCUGGAGGUCCACCCGCUCCACGACGUCCCCGAGGGCGGCUCCGACGACGACAGCACUGACGGCCCCGCCACCGCCCGCGCCGGCCGCCCCGCGUGCGCCGACGAGCUGCUCCCGCGCGCGCAGGCGGAGCGGCGGCGGCUGCUGGAUGAGAACGGCGCGCUGCAGCGGCGCGUGAGGGGCGUGCUGGAGGAGAGGGCCAAGGGGCGGGCGGCGGCGACAAAGGACAUGGCGCAUCUGGAGGGGGCGGAGGCGCGGUACAGGGGCGCGCUGAAGCAGUGGUGCGAUCUGCAGGAGGAGCGGCGGCGUGUGGAGGCGCACUACAGCAGCACCGUGUUUGACAUGAAGGUGAAGCUGGAGGCGCGCAUCCGCCGGGCCGAGGAGAUCGCGGGCACUUUUGCAGACUUCAAGCGCCAGGUGGCGCUGAGCGCCCGCUUCGCGCGGUCGGGGCGGCCCCUGGGCGACGCGGCGCUGCAGCAGCUGGAGCAGAGGGGUGGGCGCAGGGCGCUUGACGUGCGGCGACGACUGGCAGUGACGGGGGUCAGGAUCGCUCGCGUGCUGGGGGUUGCUUUGUAA